AUGAUUAAGCAGAUGACUGGGAAAUACCCCUUUCUGAAUUACAAUGCGUACGGAUGCUACUGUGGACUGGGAGGAUCCAAACAGCCACUAGAUGCGACCGACUGGUGCUGUCGUGCUCACGACUGCUGCUACGGGAAGAUGUCAGCACAUGGCUGUAAGCCCAAAAGGGAAUCCUAUUCUUACUCCAUCCAGUCGAGAAACAUAGCCUGCGGAGGGAAAACCUUCUGCCAGAAGCAGAUCUGUGAAUGUGACAAGGCUGCGGCGCUGUGUUUCCGAAGGACCAUCGAUACCUUCAACGAAAAAUAUCGCUAUUACCCAAACAUUUUCUGCAAGGGAACCACUCCCCAGUGCUAG